AUGGCCAAAACAACUCAAAAGAGCAACAGCACCAAAGCGCCUAACAAGGUGAACAAAAAGCCCACUCAUAAGAAAUCAGGCAACAAACAGACUGCCAAUGCCACCAAAAAGACUGACAAGCUGGAGAAAGGUGUGGAUGGUGUGAUUGAAUAUGAGGAUCUCGGCGACAUUGAUACCUGGGACUGGAACGAAGCUUCUGGCACUGAUAUGUUUAUGGGCGAUGAUGCGGGUGGAUUUCUGUGUUUGGAAGAAAUCAGUGAUGUUGAAGUAGAAUACGAAGGGGAUGAUGUGAGCGGCAAAGUCGCUAAAUUUAAGAGAGUCAAGAAACAGAACCGCAAGAGCGGAAAGAAGGCUCAACCUACUGCUCCUCUCAGCGUGGAAGAAACAGGCACCUUUUACGAUGUGGAUACAUUUGACGAAGAGCAGGCUGCCAAGGCAAAAUCCGAAGAAAACAAGGGCAACGUCGAUGCAAAUGAGGACAAAGCUGACAAAGAGGACGAGGACAUGGAGGACCCAUCCAUCACCGAAGUCAAGGAUGUCAAGGUGGUUGAGAAAAAGACCAAGGCACAAAAGUUGCUUGAAAAAAAGAAAAAGGAACUAGAAAAGUUGCAAAGCCAAGUAGAAAAGUUGGAAGCUCAGCAAGCCGAGACACCUGCAACUGCCAUCAAAGACGAAAACAAACCAUUGAACAAACGUGAGCGAUUAGCUGCUAAAAGAAAAGCUGCUGAAGCAGAGUUGGAGGCAGAUCGAUCCAAGGAAGCAGUAGAAGAGGAUGCGAAAGCCAAAAAGCCUCGCCCCACAAUGGAAGAUGUCGACCAAAGUGUAGAUGUAUCUGCCUGGAAAGACUUGAAUUUAUGCGAAUCUGUGGUGAAUGCUCUCAAAUACAACAAUUUUACAGCACCUACACCUAUCCAAAAGAACUCUCUUCCUUUAGCCAUGGAAGGUCGUGAUAUCAUUGGUUCUGCUGAAACUGGUUCUGGUAAGACACUUGCAUUCGGUAUCCCCAUCAUCAACUACCUGGCUACACAUCCUGCCCGUGAAGGUCUUGCUGGUUUGAUUUUGACGCCCACCAGAGAAUUAGCUAUCCAGGUGCGCGACCACAUUGAUAAAAUGUCAGCUUUCAGCAAUGUGCGUGUGGUGGCUAUUGUGGGUGGUAUGUCUAUUCAAAAGCAAGAGCGCUUGGUCAAGCAGAAGCCUGACAUUAUUGUGGCUACACCCGGUCGUCUUUGGGAGAUCUUUUCAAACAACCCUGAAUACAUGGAUAUGCUGAAACACAUCAAAUUCUUGGUUUUGGAUGAAGCUGAUCGUAUGCUUGAAAAGGGCCAUUUUGAAGAACUGACGAGUUUGCUCAAUGCCCUGUCGACUAAGCGUCAAGAUACCACGGAAUGGCCUGAGGAAGUCGAUGAAGGCACCACCAAAAAGACAUUGCCCCAGGAUUUAGGCAAGCAUCAAACCUUUAUUUAUACCGCUACGCUCAGCAAAGAUCUUCGAUUCAAUGUCAAGGCUAAAAAGAAGAAGCUGCCUGUCAAGGCCACCAACACCAUGGAGGAUCUGUUGCGUCGUAUCGAGUUUGCUGAUGAGGAUCCUGCACUUGUGGAUAUGACUUCAGAGAACGUGGUCGCCUCUCGUUUGCUAGAAGCCAAGAUUGACUGUGUCAAUACAGACAAGGAUCUGUAUGUGUAUUACUUUGUCACGCGUUAUCCUGGUCGCACCAUCAUUUUCGUCAACUCCAUUGAUGCGAUCCGUCGUUUGGUGCCCAUCUUCAAGCUGCUGAACGUAGAAGUGUUGGGAUUGCAUGCUCAAAUGCAACAAAAGCAGCGUCUCAAGAGCCUGGACAGAUUCAAGGCUAAUCCCAAGGCUGUGCUGGUGGCCUCUGAUGUCGCUGCCCGUGGUCUGGAUAUUCCUCUUGUGGAUCAUGUCAUUCACUACCAAUUACCUCGCUCUGGUGAAAUCUACGUUCAUCGUAGUGGUCGUACAGCUCGUGCUAACCGUGAUGGUGUCUCUCUGUUGCUGUGUGGUCCUGAAGAAAUGAAAAUUUAUCAAAAGUUGUGUCAGACAUUGCGUAAGAACAAGGACUACCCCACUUUCCCUGUGGAUCUGAACAUUUUGAGAGCCAUGACGGAACGUGUCAAAUUGGCUGCUGAAAUUGACUCUAUUUUACAUCAAGAAUCAAAGCAAACACAUGAAGUCAAUUGGAUGCGUAAUAUGGCCAAGGAAAUGGACGUUGAUUUUGAUGAGGAUACGAUGCAGGGUAAAGGCUAUCAAAAGUCAGCAGAGGAUCUCCACAAGGGCAGGGUGAAGGCACAGAGCUUGCGUAACAAGCUGAAUCAUUUGCUAAAGCAGCCUAUUCUACCUGCUGGUGUCUCGAUGAAGUUUUUGACUGGCGGUGUUAUUUCUGAUCUGGUGGAUCGUCUGAUGAAGAAUGAGACUCAUGAACUUUUACCUGGAUCAUCCAACACCAAGGCAGUUGAAGAUUUGCAUCAAGCCAAAAAGAGAAAAAAGUCUGCCAAGUAG